AUGCUCGAGGGGGCCGAGAUCUAUCCCGAAAACCCACUCCCUGGCGAGCGGCUCGACUGCCAGCCCAUCUUUGGCGAGGGAGGCGGAGAGCUUCCUGCGAUCGAGUAUGUCUGGACGCGCGAGGAUGGCGAGGUCGUGGCGCAGACGGCGAGGUUGCAAACAGACAAGGUGCGUGGCGGUGAUACGCUCACGUGUACAGCCACGGUGGCAUCGGAACAGCAGUCUUUUCAGGCCAGCGUCGAGGUUCGCGCGAUAGAGAUGGUGAAGGAUCUGGGCCCCUCAGAUACCGACGUCGAGCUCUGGCAAGACACCUUUGGCCGCCUCGCUUUCUUCGUCACCGAGGGGAAGGAGGACGCGACUCUCUGGACGACAGAUCACACCGGACAGAACUUGCGCGAGCUGUUGAGCCUCCCGCGCUCGUCAGCUUCUUCGAGCAGGGGAGCCACGAUCACGCCACUUUCAGCCCGAUUGGAUACAGGCAUCUUUUUCAUCGUCGAGGAUCACCUCGACAGUGGGCUGUGGUUUACCGAUGGCACCGUCGCUGGGACCACGAGGUUGAGCAGCUACACGCCUGAAGAACAGCAGGUAUUUAUCCCCCGUGGCAGCGCGCUCGCUUACAUGGUCCUCCAGGAUGGGAUUCAUGGGGCCGAGCCUUGGGCCAGUGAUGGAACGCUCGCCGGGACGAGGUUGUUGGCCGAUGUCAAGCCAGGCCCGUCUUCUUCGGGGGCGCGCUUUUCUUCGGAUCCCGAGGAUCUCUUUGGCGACGAGGUGAUUUUUGUGGCCAAUGACGGCGUCCACGGCUUCGAGAUGUGGCGCACAGAUGGAACAUCCCAAAACACAUCGAUGCUCUUCGACUUCGCGCAGGGGGCUGCGUCGGGGGUGUUCUUUCCUCCUCGUGUGGCGGGGCCUUCGCUGUUGUUUAUCGGGGAGAGUCCGAUGUUCGGCGGCGAGGUGCAUGUCAGUGAUGGGACGCUCGCGGGGACCCGAAUCGUGCUCGACAUCGCGCAGGGACCAGCAUCAGGCGUGAACCGAGACUUUCUCCAGCGCGUCGGGGAGCGGUUUCUCUUUUAUGGGACGAACGCCACGAGCGGCGAGGAGCUUUGGACCACGGAUGGGACAGUCCAGAACACGGAGAUUCUGGUGGAGGUUACCGCCGGAUCCGCGCCUGGCUACGUGAGCUGGACCUCGGAGGUCGAGGGCAGCGACCGUGUGCUCUUUGUGGCAGGGCUCGGGCCAGCGCGCAGGUUGUGGAGUAGCGAUGGGACGCCUCAGGGCACCGCCGCGAUCACCGGCGACGCGACCACCCCGUUUGCUUUCGAUAAAGCUUCGUGGAAGGACGCGCUCUUCUUUGACGGCAUGAUUUAUUUUCUCGUCGAUGACGAUGUUCACGGCAAGCAGAUCUGGCGCAGUGAUGGGACCGAGGUGGGGACCUCGAUGUUGCAGUGGCCCGCGCCUUCCGCGCUGCCCGCGGGCUACCCUGAUGAUGGCAGCCCGCGAGAGCUCGCGGUCUACAACGGAUUCCUCCAUUUCACGGCCGAUGAUGGCGUGAACGGUCGAGAGCUCUGGCGCACGGAUGGGACGGCAUCGGGCACCGCGCUCUUUGCGGAUGUCUUGCUCGGAGCUCGAGGCUCCUCGCCAGAGUUUGUCGCCGUGGAUGAUGGCCUGGUGUUGUUGGGAUCUGAUCCUUCGGAUUUCCUCGUGCAUCGCGGCGUGCUGUAUUUCACGGCGGCGACUUCCGCGCGUCGAGAAUUCUUCAAGUACGAUCCGCUCGGGGGAGGUUCUCCUGCGGUAAUAGGUUCUCCCUACGAGAUCGCUGACGCGGUGAAGCCGUUGGUGUUCGAUGACGAGGUCUACCUCGAAGGGAACGGCUACGAUGACACCCAGGGCCUUUAUGCCAUUUCGGGAGGUUUGCUCGGUGUUCCGGGGCUUUCACAGCCACUCGUGAAGAGUACGCCCUCGGGGGAUGUCUUGCUCUUUACGACCUACAGCACGUUCGAGAGCGAGGUGUGGAGGAGCGAUGGCACAUCUUCUGGCACGGCUCGCAUCGCUUUGUUGGAUGGUGCUCUCUGGCCAACGCUCGUGCCUGUGGGGGAUCGCGUCUUGCUCGCAGACAGGUUCGAUGACUCGCUCUACGUGAUCACCGAGCAGCUCGAUCGCGUGAUCGCGCUGCCCGCGCGGGCUUCCUUCGAGCAGGAGCGCCAGGACUACAUGCGCUUUGGCGACAGCGUAUUGUUCCGAAAUCCAGAGGAUAACGAGCUCUGGAUCAGCGACGGGACUGCGGCGGGGACCGUCUCGCUGCUCUCGGGGGUCCACGAUUUUGGAGCGCGUCCUGGCGAUUACGCGGAACAUGAUGGCGUGAUGUAUUUCACGGCUGGGCAAUCUGCUGAGCUCUGGAGGACAGACGGCACCGCGGCCGGAACCGAGCGCGUGAUGACCUCGGGUGAUGUGGGCUCCCGGCAUAUCGUCGAUAUGGCGUUCCUGGGAGAUCUGCUUGUCUUCGAGACAGCCCGCUAUUUUGGCGAUAUCGCGGGCCUGCACGCGCUCGACCUCGCCACGAGCGAGGUGACCACGCUCUCUUCCUCGGUGAUCUUUGCUCCGGACGCAGCGCUCUCGGCGAGCGUGAUCCUCGAUAACCGUCUGGUGUUCGCGGCGUUGCGCGCGAAGGAUGGGGGGGAGGUGGGCCAACUCUGGGUGACAGAUGGCACGAGCCGGGGCACUCGUCAGGUCAUGAUCCUCGAACAGGCCUCUGACGUGGAACUCCCCGUCGGCGUCGAGUUCGUGGAGUUGAAUGACAGCGUGUACUUCUCCUUCGAUGAUGGCGUCCACGGCUCGGAGCUCUGGAGAAUCGACAAAACACGCGAGCGGCUCUUGGAGGCGACCAUCCAGGAGCUCGUCGAGCAGGACGGCGUGGUGGAGUUCGCCUCUGUCGCCGCCAGGGCGGGCGUAUCUGCGGGCGCCCCGUAUCGACACUUCUCUUCCAAGAGCGCGAUGCUCGUCGCGCUGGUCGAUGACUUCUACGACGACUGGGAGGCGCUCGCUUACCGACCCACGCUCGACGAGGUGUCCGAGGAUUGGUGGGAGCGCGAGAAGGAGCGCAUCCGCCUCACCGUCGAAUACCACUACAAACAUCCGCUCGGAGGAGGUUGCCAGAUGAACAGGGAAAAGGAACUCGAGGUGCUCGAGACAUCGCUCGCGAUGACUUUGGAAAAACGCCGCCCGAUCGAUGGAGACGAGGCGUUCGUGGCGGUCACCGAUUACUCCGAUGUGGAGCGAUUCGAGCGCGAGAAAGAGCGCAUCUUUCGCCGCAGCUUCAACGUCGUCACGCUCGCCACCAACGUCGCAUCACCGGGCGAUUUUAUCACCGCCGACGUCAUCGGCACUCCCGUGAUCGUGGCGCGCGGAGAGGAUGGUCAGUUGCGCGCCUUCCUCAACGUGUGCAGACACCGCGGCGCGACCGUCGAGCUUCGCGAGCAAGGACACUGCAAGCGCUUCGUGUGCCCCUAUCACGCCUGGACCUACAACACCGACGGAACGCUCCACAAGGUGCGCCACGCCGAGGGGUUCCCGACGCUCGAACCUUCCGAACAUGGCCUCGUCGAGUUGCCCUGCAUGGAAGCUGCGGGGCUCGUGCUCGUGUGUCCCACGCCAGGUCAUACGCCCGAGCUGCUGCCCGUCGAACUCAUCGAGGAGCUCGAGCACGUGCUCGGUCCACGUCCCACGACCUACGCCUCAUCCUCCAAAACCUGGGAGGCCAACUGGAAGCUCGUGGUCGAAGGAGGCAUCGAGUCCUACCACUUCCUCAUCGCGCACAGGGACACCAUCGCGCCCUUCUUCGGUGAUACGCUCUCGACCUGGGAGCGUAUCGGGUCGCACAUCCGCUCGGUGCUCCCGAAGAAGUCGAUAAAGACGCUCGAAGAGACGCCAAGGGAGCAGUGGGAUAUUCGUGAACACACGCACGUCGUCUACACGAUUCACCCCAACGCGAUGAUCCUACUGCAACGCUCGCACUUCGACCUCAUCCUCAUGAAUCCGAUCGCCGUGGACCUCACCCAUAUCGAGGUGCUCACGGUGGGGACCGCGCCAGAAGAUGGCGAUCCGAGCGAGAAAGCGUUGCGUUUUCUGAAGGAAAACCACGCCUUCUCGGUACGCACGUUGGAUGAGGAUUUCGAGAUCGGCGAGCAAAUCCAGCGCGGGCUUGCCAGCGGCGCGAACACGCACUUUCGCUUCGCGCGCUUUGAAGGCGCGCUCACGGACUGGCGCCAGAGGAUCGACGCGCAGGUCGAGUGA